AUGGAUACCCUCGUAGCCCGAUACAGCCGUCCGGCUGCCUUCACGAGAGAGACGUACGCCGAAGACCACCAAGAUGAGCUCCACGAUGAUACCACUCCCAGCCUAUCUCUCAAGUUCGCCAUGCCCCCAGUAGCACAACCCUCGGCAUGGCUCCGUGCAGCAACCGAUGACCGUGCAAACCCCCAAUGCCCCAUCAAGAUUGCCCACGGUACCACCACCCUCGCCUUCCGCUUCCAGGGCGGCAUCAUUGUUGCCACAGAUUCUCGAGCCACGGCAGGCAACUGGAUUGCCUCGCAGACCGUCAAGAAGGUGAUUGAGAUCAACGAUAAGAUGCUGGGCACCAUGGCCGGAGGUGCUGCCGAUUGCCAGUACUGGCUCGCCUGGCUCGGAAUGCAGUGCCGCCUACACGAGCUACGACACAAGCGCCGCAUCUCCGUUGCCGCUGCCUCCAAGAUCCUCGCCAACCUGGUUUACCAGUACAAGGGCAUGGGCUUGUCCAUGGGUACCAUGUGCGCCGGAGUGACCAAGGAGGAGGGCCCGGCUCUCUACUACAUUGACAGCGAUGGCACGAGACUUGCAGGCAACCUGUUCUGUGUUGGUUCGGGUCAGACCUUUGCCUACGGUGUGCUGGACGCCGAGUACAGAUACGACUUGACAGACGAGGAGGCUCUGGCCCUGGGAAGCAGAAGUAUCCUGGCAGCCACCCACAGAGAUGCCUACUCUGGUGGUUUCAUCAACUUGUACCACGUCAAGGAAUCGGGCUGGGUCAAGCAUGGAUUCAACGACACAAACCCCAUCUUCUGGAACACAAAGUUGGAGAGCGGCGAGUUCAGCAAUGUAACAAGCGAUUUUGUGGGAGACCGGGUGUAA